AACCCGAAAUAUACGUGCUGUUUUCGGAGGGUGAUCUGGAAUUUGACUCGACAGUUCUGAUCCAUCUCCGGCAGAUCAAAAUCGAAGCGUCCCAAUGGCCCGGAUCCGGCGGAAGUUUGCCGUCGGCGACGCCCUCCUCCUCCUCUUUUCUAUCCUUCUUACCCACUCCCACUCCUCCGUCUACCUCGAGGGCUUCGAUCCCGACGAUCCUAAUCUCGACGUCGCCGAAGACACCGUUGUCCCCGCCACUCCCGCUCCUCUCACUACUACCUCCCUUUCCAGCUCCUAUUCACCGGACGACCACCAUAGCCCUCCCUCCGAUCCACCUCUCCCCUCCCCCUCCGUGAUCUGGGACGAGGACGAGUUUGAGGGAAUCCCCUCUGCCGCUCACCCCCAGGAACCAGGCGCAUUCUCCCAAAAUGAAACGCACCCCACCUCCUCCCCGUCCGCCCUUGAACCCUCCUCUUCCUCUUCCUCUUCCCUUCGGUUCUUGACCUUCCUCCGAUCUUACGUCCUCGAGGUCGUACUCGUCGUUUUUCUGAUCUCUUUCUCCCUUAAUUACCUCCAUGGGAGACGCCUGAACGAAGCCAUUGCCUUCUCUUGGGCCACCAACUUCGCUUCCAAGGAUUCCAUCUUGGAGAAGAACUUCAACCUCCUCGGCGUUGGCGACGGUAACUACGCUCCCCUUCUUCUCAGAGAGGGCCACGACGUGUUUAAGUUCUAUGCCGGCGGCCGGCGCUAUUGCCAGGGGAUUCUCGCCAAAAUGGAGUUGCUGAGCAGGCACGACUUGCUGUCCCGUGCUCUCUAUCUGGUGUUCCCCAAGAGAGACACAAUCACGUUCGAGGUGGUUAUGAAUGAGGACUCCAUGGACCACGUGGUGUUUGCUCUCGCGAGGAAGAAGACUGCCAACGCAAUGCAUAAAGGGGAGAGGGACCUGAAGAAAUUUGCAAGCGCAAUUGUUGCACCUCCAGCUGGAAGGCAUUGGGUUGCUGAUGAACUGAUGGUGGUAGCGGAAUCAAAGGAGGUCGCAGGAGAUAUGGUCACUGAUGUUGUGCUUGAGCAGGUUUUCGGCCAUAAUGUGUUUGAGAAAUUUGGAAAGUGGUUUGUCUCACUACAUUUCUCUGAUCAAAAUCCAGGAUCCCGCAAGAAGAAUCUUAUCUUCAAAUUUGUGCUACCAGAUGCUGUGAACAUGUCUGACAUGAUACGACUGGUUGCUCUUGUGCCAUACUAUAUCGAUCUGAUCGGGCGAUACAAACUAAGUCCUCAUGCACGCUCAAAGACAGAAGCAGCCAGAAUAAAGGCGGCCCAAGAGGCACACAAGGAACUACAGAAUAUAAGACAGGAAGCCUUGCAAAAGAAGAAGGCUGAAAAGAAAAAAUUGAUGGAAGAGGUUGAGUCUAGACUUAAUUCUGUGGCAAUUCGUAAGAAAGAGGAGAGAGAACAAGCUCGGCAACUGAAGUCGGGACCGAAAGUUAAGAUGCUUCGACGCUAAGUCUUAGACAUCUUAGGCUGCCUUCUUGUUCACUCUGCCACUUUCUACGAUCCUUUCAUGGUAAAAAAUUCCUAUUUGCUUCGCUGCGUUAUGGAUGCCACGAUUAUGCCAUCUUUCUAGGUCCUGGUGGAGGUGCUGCUGCUUGCGACGUAGGAUUUUAGCAAAUAUUAUGAACUCAUUUGUGCAGGCUGCCGCCUUGUUAUUGUCAAAACGUUUUUGAUUUUGUUGGUUAUAUCAAUACCAUUGUUUACGAAAAUGUAGAUUUAGAGGCACAUCAGCAAUGUUGUUCUAUGAGGAUGAAGCCCUCGAAUGCUAUACUCUCUGCAGUUCGAUCUUCCAAAGUUGAGCUCUUUUGUAUGGUCAAAAGCGGGAGGGUAAAGCACUUUCUAGUGUUCUGUUUAACAGUCGAGCAUCUGCAUGCAUUAUAGCAGAAUUAGGAUUUAGUGAUCUUUUUUCCUUAGAAAACAGGUUUUCAUAUAGUUUCAUUAAGCCUGAAUGUCUAAAUAUUGUCCAUUUGGGUUUCAUGUAAUAAAUCCUACUCAUUUCUUAUGCACAAUUACUUGGAUGGCUUUGUCCAUUCGGAUAUAUAUACUGAAUCGUGUAUUUGACUUUUA